GACCAUAAGACUUAUUCAUUAAAAUUAUUCCUGAAGAUUUCAGUUCUGUAGUAGAAUAUAUUUUUCCUGUAGAAUAUAAAAAUAUAAAAAUGGCAUGCCUAUGUGCUGCUCAGCUUGUCUGUUGGAUUUGCCUAUUUUUCUCUAUUAUACUGUUCAUUGGAUUCAUAUCCGCUGUGUGGGAAGCAACAACUUCAAGAAGUGAUUUUUGUACGAGAGCACAGCUAUCUACUGGUGUCGAAUGCACAAAAAAAAUCCGAAAUCUCGAAUCGUCUUUAAUGAAAAUCAACAAAACAACCCGAUUCUUACGACCACCGUUCGAAUACCGAGAAGUCGUCAAGCAUUGUAAAAAAGCAGAGAACUGCUUGACCAAAAUUACUUGUGAAGAUGGACAAGACUUUGUAGCUGAUGUUUUAGACACAUAUCCUGCUUGUCAAUUUUUUAAGUUUUUCUCAGAAGAUUUCGAGAAGUGCGCGGAAAAAUUAAUCACAACAGCAAAGAACAGUACCUGCUUGGACACAUUAUUUAAUGCAAAAUACUUGGCAAAAUUAGACAGAUGCCAACAAUGGCAGGAUAUUCAGCCAUGCGUCUAUGAUGCAAUAUUUGAUGAAUGUGAUAAAGAUGGGAAUUCUACAUUUUUAGUGACUCGAUAUUCUGAAGUUGCUCCUGACUUCUACAGAGCAAUGAACUGUGAGCCUAAGUUUCAGAGGAUUGAUACAAAUGACAUUGAUUAUGAGAUAAUUGGCCUUGUUGGGCAAUGAGUUUUUAUUAUUUUAGAUUUAAAUUACUGUUUUCUUCAAGUUAAUAUAAUUGUAGAUUGGGAAAUAAAAAGGAGAAAUUCCAAA